AUGGCAUACACCAGGUUUCUGCUGCUCGUUUUGCUGCACCAGACGGGUAAGUUUUAACCGGGCUAUAAAAAAUACAGAUACAAAUUAUUUGCAUUUUAUACAAAGGGUGAGAUACCCUGCCAUUCAAACAUAGCAUGUUGCUUUAUGAUUGACAGUGCUUUGUAACAUACAGCUCUGUAUACUCCCCUUAGGAUAUAAUAUAAUGCAGUGUACCCGUACCUUAACAUAUCAUAUACAGCAGUAUACACCCAUCUUAGGAUAUAAUAUAGAACAGUGUUCACCCACCUUAGGAUAUAAUAUACAGCAGAAUAAACCCACCUUAGGUUAUAAUAUACAGCAGUGUACACCCACCUAACUAUAUAACAUAUAGCAAUGUACACCCACCCUAGGAUAUCAUACAGCAGUAUACACCCACCUUAGGUUAUAAUAUACAGCAGUGUGCACCCACCUUAGGAUAUAAUAUACAGCAGUAUACACCCACCAAGGAUAUGACAUAUAGCAGUGUACACCCACCCUAGGAUAUAUUAUGAAGCUCUGAACACCCACCUCUGUAUAUAAUAUACAGCUCUGUACACCCACCUUGGGAUAUAACAUAUAGCAGUGUACAUCCACCCUAGGAUAUCAUAUACAGCAGUAUACACCCACCUUAGGAUAUAAUAUACAUCUCUGUACACUCACCUUAGGCUAUAAUAUACAGCUCUGUACACUCACCUUAAGAUAUAAUAUACAGCUCUGUACACCCACCUUAUGAUAUAAUAUACAGCUCUGUACAGUCACCUUAGGAUAUAAUAUACAGCUCUGUACACCCAUAUUAGGAUAUAAUAUACAGCAGUGUACAUCCAGCUUAGGAAAUGAUAUACAGCAGUGUACACACACUCGGGCUAUAAUGUAAAGCGGUGUUCGUGCAAUCUUCUCUACAAUGUUGACAUCAAUGUUCGCAAUGCAAUCAUGCACAGAGUACAAAUGUGGCCCAACCCAUAUAAGUAAAUAAGCAGAGACAGGUUUAACUUUUUUCCAUUAAUACAUUACAAAACAAAAUCUUGACAACCAAGUAAAUCAGUAUUAACCACACUUUGCUGUUGUACUUCUGUAGGAGGUCAUAAAUUAUCUGCAUUGUACACUAACAGGUUAAAGAACAUAAAUGCAAUUCCAGUAAGUAAGAUCCACUGAAACCACAUUAAAUGUAUGAGGAGAAAAUGCAAAAAGAAAGAAAAUGACGUUUUGAUUAUGUGAAUUGAUAUAUAUUUUCUUUAAUAAGACAGUCAAGGGUAUUUACUAAAUUGAAAAUUGGAAUUUCUUUAAUCAUAUAUGGAUUAACGCGGCUCUGUCAAUUCUGAGUAUUUCAUAAAAAUAAAAUCUUUAUAAAAUACUCAUGCUGACUAUGUUGAAAUUCAGAAAAGAAGAAGACUCCCUAAACUAGCGAAUGUAAAACACUAAUCUUGCAAAAAUAUAACUACAAUAUAUACAAGAUUAUGCAACGUGUAGUGUAGUGUAAGGGGAAUUCGAUACGUAAUAGCCUGUUAAUAUGUACAAAAGGUUUAGACACAAUAGUAAUAGUCCGUACCAUCUAUUCUUGUGUUUCAAAAAUAGUUUUAUUCAUUCCAAUGAAAAAAAAUACUAAUAUAUCAAUAUAAUAAAAAAAGACUACUGUGGCUGUGUUGGAAUUACAUUGAUAUUUGCAAUCUAUAUGACAAAGCAGUGACUACAUGGUCCCAUGGUAAAACAUGAAGUUGACAAAAGGCCUCUAGACAGAGGUCUACUGUCAACUUUUGUCCAUUGCCAGCUGCCAUCACAAUUGAUGGCUCUGAGAUUAAGGCAUUUCCUCACUUCGCCUAUCACUAGACAGGAUCUACAGACAGGGCCGGUGCAAGGAUUUUUGCCACCCUAGGCAAAAGUAAAGUUUGCCGCCCCCCAUGUGACAUCACAAUGCCCCACCCAUAUGAUUUGCCAUGUUAACUAACACCAGUGCUGCAGUGCCGCCGUGUUUACAUUAAAAGGCCUGCAGGGACAGGCUAUAGACACCAGGACCACUACAUUAAGCUGAAGUGGUUCUGGGGACUAUAGUGUUUCUUUAAUGUGAGGUAAAUUAGAGAUUAGUGCCACGAAUAAUAUACUAGAUUGCCUACUUACCAUCAGAUGAGGAUGAUGAUGGGCUCUAGCUGCAGUCUGGCUCCACUGGUCUGGUGUAGAACAGGCUCUCUGGAGGCUGUUUGUAACUGUGGUCACAAAAUCAAUGUUCUGGGAGAACGGGAAGCAGCUCCAUUUUUUGGGGGGCCCUUUACACAGCUCAAGGUCUGGGUCCCAGGGUCCACCUUCAUGUUCCACCAAUGAGUUUGUUCACAGGAGGUGGAGUAGGGGGAUGUCCUGAUAUGUGUGUAAGGAAUGCAUUGUGUGAAUCUGUGUUUGUAUGUGUAAGGGCUGCCAAGUGUGUUUCUGUGUAUGCACGGGAUGCAGUGUGUGCAUCUGUAAGGGGUGCAUUGAGUGUGUGUAAGGAAUGCAUUGUGUGUUUCUGUGUGUGUAAGGGAUGCAUUGUGUUGUAAGGGUUGCAUUGCUUGUGUGUGUGUGUCUGUGUGUGCAAUGCAUUGUGUGUUUUUCUGUGUGCAAGAGGUGCUUUGUCUUUGUGUGUAAGUGGUGCAUUGUGUGUGUGAUGGAUAUCAAGCUCUCCCCCCUCCCUUGUCAUUCUCUUCUCCCCCCCCCUUGUCCCUCUAUUCUCCCCCCUUCACUUGUCACUCUCUUCUCCCCUGCUUGUCCCUCUCUUCUCCCCUCCCCACUCUCAUUUCCUCUCCCUCCCCCAUCAAUUCCCCACCCUGUCAAUUUCUUUCUCCUCCCUUUCAAUUUAUUCCCCCCACCCUCCCUGUCAAUAUAUUCCCCCCCAUCCUCCCUUUCAAUUUAUUCCCACCCUCCCUGUCAAUUUAUUCCCCCACCCUCCCUGUCAGUCAAUUCAAUUUAUUCCCCACCCCCUCCCCUUUCAAUUUAUUCCCCCCACCCUCCCUUUCAAUUUAUUCUCCCCACCCUCCCUUUCAAUUUAUUCUCCCCACCCUCCCUGUCUUUAUUCACCCCCUUUCAAUUUAUUCUCCCCACCCUCCCUGUCACUUUAUUCCCCACCCCCUUUCAGUUUAUUCCCUACCUUCCAUUUCAAUUUGUUUCCCCCCUUUCAAUUUAUUCCCUCCCCCCUCUCCCUGUCAAUUCCCCCACCCUCCUACCUCUGUUGUAGCGUGGCCGAGCCCUGUAUGGUCUGCGGGUACAGGGAGCUUUUGUUUCCUGUACCCGGCUGGACUAAAAGGAAGUAAACACUGAGUGCACACUUCCUGUUAGUCCGGCCGGGUACAGGAGACAGAUGCUCCCUGUACCCGCGGACCAUACAGGGCCUGGCCACGCUACAGUGAGGGAGUGUCAGGAGGGAGCGCUGAGCGCUUCCCUCCUGUCAGCCCCUCUCCUCAUGCUGCGCCUGGGCCUCUCUACAGAGCGCUCAGGCAACUGCAGCAUGAGGGGGGCCGGCGCUCCUGGCGACGCCCCUUCCCAAGGGGCACCCUAGGUGACUGCCUAGUCCGCCUAACAGGUAGCGCCGACCCUGUCUACAGAGACUCCUAGGGCCUUCUGACUCCUCAUGCACUUUGGUCACGGACUUAAGGCCUGUGUGAGUUAGGGGCCUGGUUACAGAGGACAUUAUCACCAGUUAGAGAGAUCAUCAGAUCUCCAAAACUAGUUCUGCGUCAGCUGAACUACCGCCAGUGCUUUUGGUUCAGAACCCCCAUGCUUUGGGUGCCCAUUGGGUGGCCCAUGCACUCAGGUCCCUGUAGUAUCAGCUGGUUGCAGUGGGAGGAAGUGAGAGACCACCAGGUGGCACACACAAGCAACAUGAGGAGAGAGGCAGGAGUGAGCUCCCUCACGCUCAUAUGUCAGAUUGUGUGUGUAUGUAGCAGUGUGUGUAUCUGUGUCAAGCUGUGUGUGUAUCUGUGUGUCAGGGUGUGUGCAUGUGUAUCUGUGUGUACGUCUGUGUGUGUGUGCGUGUUGGUGCGUAUAUGUCAGAGUUGUUUUUAAUACAGAGUGUGUUACUCUGUUAAAGAAAUAAAAAAUAUAAACGGACUUAAUAUAAAAUAUCUUCUUUUAACAAAACACUUCAAAAAAUACAAUUACUUGAAUUCUAAAGAGGGAUUCCAAAUUCUAAUUAAUUUGGUAUACAACAGGAAUGUAAAGUUUGAUCAGUGUAGAAUAUCCAGUGGGAGAAGCCAGCAAUCAAUAUCAUUAAAUCAAUCAAUGCCAUAAGGAUUACACAGUAAUACUAGUCCAGAGCCAAUUAUAAUAACAUACAGCAGGUUUUGUAAAGGGUUAAUCUGUCCAACAGAGUGGAGGUGAUAAUCCAGGAGAUGUUAACAGUUAAUCAGUAAGAUAUAAGGGCAAUCCAAAUGCACAAAACAAAAGUUCAAAGUUUAGCGAUUGAUUAAGCAGGUUUAGUAACCUGGGUCCCAGAGAAGUAAUUCCUGCAAGGAAAGUUAUGGGUUCAAACAGCAAGGGAUUUAGACACAUUCACAGUGCAUGGAAUCACCGAAAAACACACAUACCAAUAUCAGAAUGUCACAGUGAAUCUGUGUAUGUGUGUAUGUGUCAUGGCGUAUUUGAGUUUGUGUGUAUUUAUCUGUGUGUUUAUAUAUGUGUAUCUAUGUGUUAAUGUGUAUGUUUAUCAGUGUAAGUAUGUAUGUAUGUAGCAGUGUGUGUGUGUAUGAGCAUACAUCCAAGCAAAUCUAACACAGAUAUUACAUUAAUUUGUAUUCAAAUUCCAAAAUUAUAUAUAAACACACCCCUUCACUCAAACACCAAUACUACACACAAAUGUACAUCCCCAUUUCAGAGCAUUUCAAAGCCAACAUUACAUACAAACACACCCCUGUAUUAAAACACAUAUUAUAUACAAAUACCCCUUCAUUCAACGCCAUUACUACACACAAAAGCAAACCUGCAUUUAAAAGUCAACACUACAUACAAACACAACUCUGAAUUCAAAAGCAAGCACUACACACAAGUAUACUACUGAAUUCCAACGGCAACAGUUCAUACAAAUACACCCCUACAUGCACACAUACACUCUAUACAACAACAUGCUCACAUUCAAAUGCCAAAACACUGCUCACAAAUACGGCCCUGUAAGGAUGGGCAAAUGGAAGAUCCCCAGCUCCCCAAAUACAUUUUGGCCACACUUGCACUGGUGGGGGCCCAAAAUAGUUUCUUGCACCAGGGCCCUCUCUACAUUAGUUCCACCGCUGCCUGCAUAUAUAUAUAUAUAUAUAUAUAUAUAUUUUUUUUUUUUUUUUAAUUCUCUGUCCCCGGGAAUGAAGUGCCCUGCAUUAGUGACUCUGCCAGCUACAACUGAAAUCUUCCUUAGAUAAGGAAGACAUACUCCAUAUGCUGUGGAGGAUAGGAUCGUACAUCAUAUCUUUGAGUCAUAGGUAACACAGAGCCAUGGCCCCGUGGGACACAGACUGAUAUGAGGGUGAGACAACAGAAGAUUAAAGUAAGAAUGGAGGGGAAGAGUUAAGGGAAGAGUUAAAAGUGGUGAGAUUGGUAUAGAUAGAAAUAUGGGAUAGAGAUAGUAGCAGAGAUGGUUUGUAGGAGACUGUGGAGACUUAGAAGAUAAAAGUUACACAGUGACCUUCAGAAAACACCCUACGGUACACAUACUGCUCAACUGCAGCAAUUUGGGCACACAAAGUGACAUGUAGUAAAAAACACUCCUGAAUACACACACACACAUGCAUUCACUCACUCUUACAAAUACUUUCAUGCAUUUACACACACUCCUCACAAAUAUUCACUGAAACUCUGCAUUUGCACACAUUAAUAUUGCACACAGAUAUUCAUUUGAAUUUACACACAUAUGCAAAUUCCUUCCAGCAUCCACACACUCCGUACAAAAGCAUCCCAGUAUUCCAACCCCGCAAACAAAUACACUCUUGCAUUCAUGCAUUAUUGAGCCACACAAAUACACAUCUGGACUAUAAAUAUAUAGAACUGCAUAUAAACAUACUGGCACUACCCACACAAACACAACCCUGCAUUCCCAAACUUUGACACUGUACACCCCUACGUUCAGACAUGCAUGGUGAAAAUAUACACAAUGCAAUCAAACACUUCCACAAAGACUUCCACAAAAUGCAUCCACAAAUAAGUUACUCAUUCAAGCAUGCAUGUAUCUCCUCAAUAUAUGCACACAUACAGAUACAGAAAAAAAAUUGUUACUGAACACACAUUGUAGACUAGAUUUACCACGUUUGACAAAUCUGCAAAUCUGGUUUAGUGUUUUUUUCACUAAACAGUAAAAUGAAAACAUAAUAGCAAACGUUAGGCUAUAAUAACCAAAUUGUAACUAAAAUGGUGAAUUUUUAAAAAUGAGAGAUUGAGAUGUUAAUUUAUUGUAAUGCACUCUGUAGUGAAUAAACCAUGUGUAUUUGUGUAUGCAUUGGAUUUCGAGGAGGCCCAGGGACAAAGUUUGCCCGGGGAACCUGGAGACUUCUAUGGCCACAGAAACGUAACUGAAACAAGAUGAAACGCACAAUGGAUGAACAUGUUCGUUUUGAUUGUUGAAUCAGAAUUCAGCCUAUGGAGCCAAAAAAAAUAGAUAACUGAUGGGAAAAAAUGGGAAAAAAUUGUUGCUGACCAUUCUAUGGUCAGCAACAAUUUUAUUUCAGCUACUCUGGUCUUAAAUUUGAAAUUCACUUUGAAUUUUCGCUUUAGUAAAAAAAAUCCUUUCAGUGUUUAUGGUGCUUGGAGUAUUUUCUUUUUUUUACAAAAAACAUAAUUUCAAAGCAUGGCAAUGGGAAUGAGCUGAUCUUAGAAUAAAUAUAGCAGAUAAUUUAUUAACCUGCAGAAAAUAAUGUUGAAAUGUUGUUAAAGUAAUGGUUAUUACUAUAUAAUAAAUAUCAAGUGUACAAACAGAACACAGCAUUAACACCAUUAUGUAUUCCAUGAGGUCGAUAUUGUUAUAAGAUCAAUGCUUGUUAUUUCUGCAGGUGGAGUUCUGGAGGUAAAUGUCCCCUCAAGUCAUCAAGCUAGAAUGGGAUCUGAGACGCUGAUUCCCUGCAUGUUCACUGUGGACAAACCUCGUGUGAAUCCCAAGUUCCUCGUAGUGUCUUGGUAUUUUCAGAAAAAACAAAUCUUGAAGUUAGAGGAUGAAGUGACCUUAUCAGAUGGACGGUUUUAUAUAAAUACAAGUAGAGCAAUAAAUGGCGACGUAUCCUUAUAUAUUUCCAUAGUAACAAUAUUUGACAUUGGAGCCUAUACCUGUUCAGUACUGUACAGUCCAGACAUGAUGGAAAAGCAAGUCCGCUUGGUUGUUCAUGGUAAUAUUUCAAUUAUCUAA